AUGGAUCUGGACAAGAAGUACGACGACUACGACUUUCCCCACACGGCGGCCGAGCCUCAGAAUGGCCACGCCGGCCACCUCACGGAAGGCCAGAUCGCGCAGGUUCAUCAGCUGCGGAUGAUGCUCGAGGCCGAAGGCUUCACCGACCGCCUCGACACCCUGACGCUGCUGCGAUUCCUGCGCGCGCGCAAGUUUGACGUGGCCCUCUCGAAGCAAAUGUUCGUCGACACGGAGAAGUGGCGCAAGGAAACCAAGCUGGACGAGCUGGUGCCUACUUGGGACUAUCCCGAGCGGCCCGAGGUUGCCAAGUACUACAAGCAGUUUUACCACAAGACGGACAAGGAUGGCCGACCGAUCUACAUCGAGACGCUCGGCGGCAUCGACCUGACGGCCAUGUACAAGAUCACGACGGGCGAGCGCAUGCUUUCGAACCUCGCCGUCGAGUACGAGCGGCUCGCCGACCCUCGUCUCCCCGCCUGCUCCCGCAAGGCCGGCAAGCUGCUCGAGACGUGCUGCACCAUCAUGGACCUCAAGGGCGUCACCCUCACCAAGGUGCCCCAGGUCUACUCGUACGUCCGCCAGGCCUCGGUCAUCUCGCAGAACUACUACCCCGAGCGGCUCGGCAAGCUGUACCUCAUCAACGCCCCCUGGGGCUUCUCCACCGUCUGGAGCGUCGUCAAGGGCUGGCUCGACCCCGUGACGGUGGCCAAGAUCAACAUCCUCGGCACCGGCUACCAGGGCGAGCUGCUGAAGCAGGUGCCCGCCGAGAGCCUGCCCAAGGCCUUUGGCGGCUCCUGCGAGUGCGCCGAGGGCUGCGAGAACAGCGACGCCGGCCCGUGGCGCGAGGCCGAGUGGGCCAAGCCGGCCAAAUGGGAGAAGAAGAAGGACGACGGCAAGACGAUCGAGAACAAGGGCUCGGAGAUUGAGACGCCCGGCGCCUCGGCCGACGCCGAGCCGGCGGCCGUGCCCGAGAAGGACGGUGCCGCGCAGCCGGCGGCCGCGUGA